AUGAGAGUGAAGAGGCAGAAGAAAAACAGGAGAACCGUGAGAUUCUUCACGGUCUGUUUCGGAUUCCGACAGCCUUACAAAGUCCUAUGCGACGGUACUUUCGUCCACCAUCUUGUUACUAAUGAGAUCACUCCCGCCGACACUGCUAUCUCCGACCUCCUCGGAGGUCCCGUCAAGCUCUUCACCACCAGAUGUGUGCUUGCGGAGUUGCAGAAACUGGGUAACGAUUUUUCGGAAUCUCUAGAGGCUGCCCAGAUGCUUAGCACAGCGACAUGUGAGCAUGAGGAGACAAAAACAGCAACCGAGUGUCUGUCAGAGGUUAUUGGGAACAAGAAUUCCGAGCAUUUCUUUCUCGGUACCCAGGACGCCGAGUUUAGGAAAAAACUUCAACAGGAGUCUAUCGUUCCUCUUGUGUUUGGAUUAAGGAACAUUCUGCUGAUCGAUCAACCUUCUGAAUUCCAACGUCAGACUGCCAAUAGCUCUGAGAAAAAGCGGUUAAAUAUGACCGAGAGAGAAAAAAAGAUGUUGGAGAAACAGACUGCGAGGAUCUUAGCUUCUAAUAAAGAGGAAGGAACAAGUGAAUAUGAACAAUGGGAAACGCCUCGAGUAGUUUCAACAAGAAAUGGACUCGGUGUGAUGGAUAGACCUCAAUUCAAGCGAAAAAGAGCAAAGGGACCAAACCCACUUUCAUGUAUGAAGAAAAAGAAGGAGAGCAGUAGCGAGAAAGCUAGAUCCAUAUCCAAAACGGAAACGAAAUCUAGUGCAGAAAAGGAAAAGAAAGAAGGUACACCAAAGAGAAGAAGAAAACGGUCAAAAAAGGGAAAAUCUGGGCCGGAGAAAACCGAUUGA